AACCCAUACUUACUCCAGUCGACAUGGUUGGACUUACCUCUGCAGGUGGCAUUAUCUCAUUACUGGACGAACCUGAGGAACAACUCAAGAUAUAUGCCCUGCAAAAAUUGAAUACGAUUGUCGACCAAUUCUGGGCAGAGAUAUCGGACUCUGUCGCAAAAAUUGAAAUUCUACAUGAAGACGAGGAUUUUCCCGAACGAGAACUUUCUGCUCUCGUUGCAUCAAAGGUGUAUUACCAUCUUGGUGAAUUUGAUGAGUCUUUGACAUUUGCACUCGGAGCCGGUCACUUAUUCGACGCGUCUUCUAAAUCAGAAUAUGUAGAAACAAUUAUAUCCAAAUGUAUUGACAAAUACAUUAGCCUGCGUGUUCAGCAAUAUGAUAGCCCUGCAGGCGAACCAAAAAUCGAUCCUCGACUACAAGAUGUCGUUGAGCGCAUGUUCCAAAGGUGUUACGACGAUGGUGAAUACAAACAGGCAAUUGGUAUUGCAUUGGAAGCUAGACGAUUAGAUAUCAUUGAAGAAGCAAUGAGAUUGGGAGAUGCCGCAGAUUUAUUAUCUUAUGUUUUAAACGUGAGCAUGACUCUGGUGCAUAGUCUGGACUUUCGCAACAAGGUGUUACGACUUUUGGUGAAGUUAUAUCAGAAUCUCAGUGAACCCGAUUACGUAUCGAUAAGUCAAUGCUUUGUACAUCUGAAUGAUCCGGCAUCUGCUGCUAAAUUGUUGGAAGAUCUUGUUUCUAAAGAUGAGGAUUAUUAUUUAUUAAUGGCCUACCAAUUGGCCUUCGACCUCGAAGAGAAUGCCACACAAGAGUUUCUCCAGAAAGUUAGCAGUUUGCUACCAACGCCCUCACCUUACGCAGUUGCCAGCUCUUCGCAAGACGAGGGCACGCGAGAGGAUGCCAUGGAUACCGAUGAGCCACCGCCGGAAAACCCUAUAGACAUGAAAUAUUCUAAAAUUCGAAGUAUUCUAUCCGGCGAAGAAUCUAUCAAGUUGCACCUGGAGUUUUUAUAUAGAAAUAACCAUACUGAUUUGUUAAUACUGAAGAAUACUAAAGGUGCUCUUGAAUCACGAAAUUCCGUAUAUCAUUCCGCUGUUACGUUUGCAAAUGCCUUUAUGAAUGCUGGCACUACAAGCGAUGAAUUUCUCCGCCAGAAUAUGGAAUGGCUUGCAAGAGCAAGUAACUGGACAAAGUUUAGUGCUACAGCAGCCCUUGGCGUAAUCCAGAAAGGACAUCUCUCACAAGGUCUUGCUUUGCUAUCACAAUAUUUGCCUCGAGAUGGCGUAAGCGUAAGCUCGUAUUCAGAAGGAGGUUCUUUAUUUGCUCUCGGCCUGAUCCAUGCAAACCACGGAGCGGGUGUUUUGGAUUAUUUGAAAAAUGCUUUGAAGAAUACAACGACGGAAGUUCUCCAACAUGGAGCAUGUUUGGGAUUAGGAGCUGCGGGCAUGGCGACUGGAAACGAUGAAAUAUAUGACGAACUCAAGACUGUUCUAUUUAGUGAUAGCGCUGUUGCUGGUGAAGCAGCUGGUCUAGCAAUGGGUUUAGUUAUGCUUGGGACUGCAUCCGAAAGAGCAAUAGACGAAAUGUUGCAAUAUGCUCAUGACACACAACACGAGAAAAUCAUUCGAGGUAUAGCUGUGGGACUCGCUUUGAUAAUGUACGGCAAGGAAGAGGCUGCAGAAGUCUUAGUUGAAACAUUAGUAAGAGAUAAAGAUCCCAUACUUCGAUAUGGUGGUAUUUAUACAGUAGCCUUAGCUUAUUGUGGCACGGGAAAUAAUAAGGCUAUCAGACGAUUGUUACAUGUGGCAGUCAGCGAUGUCAAUGACGAUGUCAGACGAGCAGCCGUGACAGCACUCGGUUUCCUGUUGUUUAGGACGCCUAAACACGUACCGCGGAUAGUGCAAUUAUUGUCAGAGAGUUACAAUCCGAACGUACGAUAUGGCGCUACUCUGGCUUUGGGUAUUUCCUGCGCGGGAACUGGAUUAAUGGAAGCAAUCGAGUUGUUGGAGCCGAUGACGAAGGACCCUGUAGAUUUCGUUCGACAAGGUGCCUUUAUCUCACUUGCCAUGAUUCUUAUACAACAGAAUGACGCCAUGAACCCCAAGGUAAGCUCAACGCGUAAAUUGUAUGAGAAGAUCAUCAACGAUAAACACGAGGAUGCCAUGGCAAAGUUUGGGGCUGUUCUCGGGCAAGGCGUUAUUGAUGCUGGUGGACGAAAUGUUACAAUUUCUCUAUUGACAAGAUCCGGUCAGCUUAAUAUGCCCGCGAUUGUUGGAAUGGCUGUUUUCACACAACUCUGGUAUUGGUUCCCGUUGACUCAUUUCUUGAGCUUGGCAUUUACGCCUACCGCUCUAAUCGGAUUAAACAAGGACCUUAAGAUUCCCAAAUUCGAGUAUGUUUCAAAUGCGAAGCCAUCAUUAUUUGCAUAUCCUGCCACCACAAAACCGCCGACGACAAACGUAGUUGAGAAGGUUGCAACUGCAGUGCUUUCGACGACAGCUAAAGCCAAAGCAAGGGCACGAAAAUCAGAGAAAGAAAAGGGAUUGGAUGGGGAAGCCAUGGAUAUGGAUGAUACGAAGGAUAAAACGAAGAAAGAGGAAGACAAGCCUCCGCAGGAAGAAAUAAAAGAAGAUAAAAAAGCCAAGAAGAAGCCGAAAGAGGAGUCCUUUGAAGUUCUCAAGAACAUGGCGCGCGUGCUACCUGCACAGUUGCAACAUAUAUCAUUUAAAGAUGAUUCAAGAUAUACUCCUGUGAAAAAGGAGAUUACUGGUGGCAUCACUAUGAUGAUAGAUAGGAAACCCGAUGAACUAGAAGAGCUGAUCUUGCCCAGCGCGCCAGUUGCUACCGAAGUGCAAGAGGAGGAAGAAGCUCCACCGCCAAAACCGUUCGAAUAUCCAUUUGAAUCUUAG